UUGAAAGAGAUAGCUGUUAGCGGAGGCGGGUAUGCGCGCGCGCCGUUCAUUGAUGCGCAGGCGCCGCAGAGGGUCGACGGGGGGGAGGCGAGGAAUGCGGCCGCGUCGAGCAAUGACCGCGCCAGGGUCGCUUCCUUUACGAGAAACGCGGGCCGUCGUACUACAAGCGGCACCGUGCCCGCUCCCCCGCGAUACUACAUGGUCCUCACCGACGAGCGCUUUUCGACCCGCAAUCCGUUAGAAAAAUUAAGUGCGCCGCAUUCCGCAAUCGACUGUCUCUAUCGCACUCGCAGUACCCGCUCUACUCGUCCCGUCUCACGUUAUAUAGCGUUGUUUCUAAUCCAAAACAGAAUCGUCCAAGACUACGCUAUGACGCUCAAAUGGAGUUAUGUGAAAGGCAAUGGCAGAUUCUGGGGACAUGGGCGCAAAAACGUUUGGUACUAUUCAUUAGAGUGUGACCGUACCUUGACAGCAGUACCGAGUACCGAGUUGUGGCAUGCCGCGGCGGCGAGGGCGAGAGCGGUCGAUGAGCCCGACGUAGAGGGCAGCACCGAGCUGAGAAGUGUGGGGAGACGCUCCCUCGACCCCGCGUCCGCUAUACCGCCCCGUUUACUUGCGCAUACUGUAAAGCCGCGCCGCGCGCUCACUAAUGCGUCAUACGGCUAUCUAUCUAGACGUGUAUCCGUACGCUCCGAAACAAUACCUCGCGCGCGCCAUGUGAACUACUGUGUUGACUUAACUAUUAUAUAUACUGAAAUAAUAAAGACGUGA